GUCUUGGUCGACUUACACUUCCUUUAAAUGUGUGCGCGUGUAUAAUAUACGCGUGUGUUUGCGGAUGCGAGACAGGUGUAUAUCAACCUGACUGCGCACGUCCAACGGUCAGUCGGAGUUGUGCCCAGAAAGUAUACAGAGCUCCGAUUAAAAAAAAAACAGACCCAAACAUGAAAAAAAUUAAAUUAAAGUGCAUCACGACAACAACCCUUAUUUGGGUGGUAGUCACAUGUUUGUGUUGGAUUGGUCCAGUGGUGGGUCAACAGGAUGAAGAUCUGGUCACGGAUUACGAGGGGCAGGUGAACGUGGACAUCCUAAACCGGUUAAACAAGAUCGCCACGGAUUACGAGCGAAUGAUGAACCGGAACGGGAAGUUUCUCUUCUGGCAGAGGUUCUAUCAACAACCCUAUGAGAGACCCAUUGUGGAAUAUAGACCUAUUCCCGUAAUGCCCAAAUUCGAGACCUAUGACUUUGUGGUUGUGGGUUCCGGGUCCGCAGGGUCAGCCCUGGCCAAUAGACUUUCAGAAAACCCCAACUGGAAGGUCCUUCUAUUGGAAGUAGGAAAACAACCUAGUUUCAUCACGGAUAUACCUGGGAUCUGUGCUACCUUCCAGAUGACUGAUUACAACUGGGGAUAUCUGAUGGAAAAACAAGAUAAUAUGUGUUUAGGUCUCGAGGGACAAAGAAUGGCUUGGCCCAGGGGUCGUGCCCUUGGAGGUUCCUCCAUAAUCAACUAUAUGAUCCAUGUCAGGGGUAACCGUCGUGAUUAUGACCGUUGGGCUGCUAUGGGUAACCCAGGUUGGUCCUACAAAGACGUCCUCCCUUAUUUCAAAAAACUAGAAGAUAACAAUGUGAGAUAUACAGAUCAGACUUAUAGGAAUCGAGGUGGGCCCAUAAGUGUUCAGGAUGUACCCUUCCGGUCACAGGUGGUAGACGCCUAUGUGAAAUCCUGCAUGGAAGCAGGUCAUAAAUACGUAGACUACAAUGGUAAACGUCAAAUGGGUGUCUCCUACGUUCAAGCCACAACUAGACGUGGUAUAAGAGCAAGUGGGGAAUCUGCUUAUCUAAGACCCAUUAGGGACCGACCCAAUUUGACAAUCCUAACUGAAUCAAGAGCUACUAGAUUAAUCAUAGAUGAUAAUUUAAGGGUUACAGGAGUACAAUAUGUGAGAAACAGACAAUUCCAUUAUGCCAAUGUGACCAAAGAGGUCAUCCUCUCAGCUGGGACCUUCAACUCACCUCAAUUAUUAAUGUUGAGUGGUAUAGGUCCAAAAGACCACCUUCAGGAAUUAGACAUCCCUGUUUUAAGGGACCUGCCUGUAGGUCAAAAAAUGUACGACCAUGCUACAUAUCCAGGAGUAAUAUUCACAAUCAAUGAAACCCUAUCAAUCAAUUAUGCAGAUCUUACAGCUCCAAGAAGUAUGAUCCAACUACUAAAUGGUCAAGGACCUUUGACCAGUAUAGGAGGAGUAGAAGCUCUUACUUAUAUCAAGACCAAUAUUAGUAGAGAUGCAGAUCCCAAGUAUCCAGACAUGGAACUCAUCUUCAUAGGAGGGUCAUUCGCUACGGAUUACGGGUUGGUCUAUCGGAGAACAUUUAGGAUCUCAGAUGAAGUCUACAAUGCUCUCUGGAAACCUCUGGAGAGGAUCGCGAGGCAAACAUGGACAGUGUUUCCUAUGCUGGUACAUCCCUAUAGCACGGGUAGUGUUAAACUCAAGAGUAAGAACCCUUAUCACUGGCCCAGGUUGUAUGGGAACUUUUUUACUGAUCCGGAAAACUUGGAUAUCAAGACUUUUAUUGCUGCUAUACGUGAAGUCCAACGCAUAAGCAACUCCCCAACCUUCCAACGCUUCAACUCCCAGCAAGUAAAAACCAAGAUCCCCGGCUGCCGCCACCACGAAUGGGACACAGACGCCUACUGGGAGUGCUCCCUACGUCACAUCACCGGCACCCUCCACCAUCAAGUAGCCACAGCAAAAAUGGGCCCCGCUUCCGACCCCGAAGCAGUCGUCGACGCCAAACUAAAAGUCUACGGUAUCCAAGGUCUACGCAUCGCAGACUGCAGCAUCAUCCCGCUACCAUUAACCGCACACACCAACAUACCCGCAAUGAUGAUCGGCGAAAAGGCCGCUGAUCUCAUCAAGGAAGAAUGGGCCAACGCACAGGGCACAUUCGACCCGAGAGCAUAAACAUAAUAAUAAUAAUGUGAUAUUUUUAAAACCGUUUUAUUUUAAGCAAUAUUAAUAAUAAUAAAUGAAUUUUUUACUGACUCAA